AUUGUCGAGGAAACUUUAGAACUAUAACGUCUCUGUAUGCGUGCACCCAUCAAUAAAUGCAAUGCAUUACUUAAAGCUGUCUUCGUGAAAAUGCAUGCACAAGCUUUAAAAUUUCUGUCACGUGUUUGAAAAGUGCUUAUUUAAUCUCUAUCUAGUAAGUCGAAUACUGAUUUAGUUGCUACGAACCUGUAGUCGAUCUAUGACCUGCCUGGCGAUUGUUUCUCGGGACAGGUUAAACGUGUUGCUUGAGUCAAGGUGAGCAUCGGUUUCCAUGGCUUACAGAUGUCAAAGAACUUUACGAUGAAAAUUUCGAAGACGAUACAGUGUUCAAAAGGAACGUUUUGUAAAAUGUCUUUAAAAAACACAGUUAUGGAGUUUCGUUGGAAAACAUCAUUUCUUCGUUGUUUACGUUCGCUAUUUCUUCUAGUUCACCUAGUCUGUACUCAGAUGGCGCUGUCCCAAGGAUCUCCAUUAGAUGUUAUCCAACAGUCAUUUGCUAUUGAACCUGCAGACAGAACAGCCAUUCAAGGCGACACCAUUGUUUUACCAUGUCGAGUAUUGCAUAAGAAGGGAACCUUACAAUGGACUAGAGAUGGGUUUGGACUUGGUUCGGAGAGGUCACUAGCUGGAUUUCCUCGUUAUACUAUGGUCGGCAGUGACGAGGAAGGGGAUUUCUCACUUCAAAUUACGAAUGUCAAUCUAGAAGACGAUGCCAUAUUUCAGUGUCAAGUUGGAGCUUCGGAUGGAAUAAAAGGAAUUCGUUCUCGAAGCGCAGCCUUCACAGUUUAUGUCCCCCCAGAGCCCCCUCGAAUUGUUCAGAGCGACUUUCUGGAAACCACUGCUGGAAUGACAGUAGAACUAACGUGCGAGUCUAAUGGAGGAAAGCCGCCUGCAGAGUUGGCGUGGUUGGAUGGAGAUGGCAACGUAGUAACGCAGGACAUACAUCUCACUACACAUCUUCUGGGUGACAAAAAAAGAGCUAACGCUGCACUCAAGUGGACGUUUAAACCACGUCGAGAGCAUGAUGAAAAAACAUUUUCAUGCAGAUCUGAGAAUCCUGCAAUAAAACAACCAAUGGUGGCUACAAUAAAACUUGCUGUUAAAUAUCCCCCUGAAGUUACUCUAACGGCAAACAGGAAAAAAAUCUCGGAGUUCGAUGAUGUUGAAUUCACUUGUGACGCCGUAGCGAAUCCAAAGGAUGUCAAAUACAAAUGGUACAGAAAUGACGAGUUGAUUCCAGAACACCACGUCACAACUCUCUUUCUCAAUAAAGUCACACGGCAACUCAAUGGACAGACAAUCAGCUGUGAAGUGGGCAACAAAAUAGGAACUACAAAAUCCACUUAUUCUUUAAACAUUGAUUAUGGUCCAGUAUUUAAGUCAUCUUUGGAGAACAUAGCAGCAGAUUUAGACAAGGAAGUACGAUUGGUAUGUGCCGUAGAUAGCAAUCCUCAUCCUGAAAUAACGUGGACUUUCGAGAAGAGCUCGCAGGUCGUUGGGACCGAUAGAGAGCUCGUGAUCCCAAAAAUGACUCCAGAAAGAACAGGAAGAUACACUUGUCAUGCUUCAGUAACAGGAUUUCCUGAGCUGUCUGCUGACUCGUUGGUCUUUAUAAAAGGACCUCCCAUCGUUAAAGGACCUGAUAUUCAGUAUGGUAUUGAAGGGCAGAAGGUGAAGGUAGAAUGUUUAAUCACCUCAGUUCCAGAGCCUUCCCGAGUAGUUUGGAUGAAGCAGUCCAAGGUGGUAGAUAUUGACAACACGGAAGGCUACGAGAUCGUAACAGAGCACUUACCCGACGGUCUCAAGAAUUUGCUGAUCAUCCACAAAGCAGAGGAGAGUGACUUCGGCGACUAUAACUGCUCCGCUUGGAAUACUUUAGGCCACGAUAGCAUGCUUAUAUCUGUCAGAAGACAAACGUGUGAUGAUGUUGGUGGCGGCGUAACGACUUUACUUUGCUCUGUGACAGAAAAUCUUCCGAUGAUGAUAAUCUUGGCUGGUGUUAUUGGAGGGAUUGUUCUUAUAGUUUCUAUAACCAUAGUGAUAAUUCUUUGUCUUCGUAGAAAGCCUGCAGUAAAAGUUGAUGACUUUGGUCAAGAAAACAAAGCAAAACAGUCAGACUCGGCGUCAUCUGGUGACUCUGAUUUGAAAGUGGAAAUUCGAACUGCUUCAUCUUUAUCAAAUAACGAGCAUGAAAGAAGUUGGGAGGAAACUAGUGAUACAGCACGUGUACAAGAUCCUCCCGAUAUCUAUAAGUACAACAUGGAUUAUACUGAACCAAAGUUUGCUCCAAAAUUGGAAACUCAAAACAACAACGGUUAUAUCCCGUAUGUGGAUUUCUCCAGAGAUUAUAAUGCACAAAUAGUACACUUGAACUCUAGUCGAGACAGUGGUCUCUACGAUAGCUCUCCGCAGCUUCUUAAUGACUUGGGAAACCCUAUGGAUCCAAAUUUCCGACCAGCUUAUUCUAAUCCUUACAUGAGAACUUCACAGGCCAGCCUGUCUCCAGACCACGUUAUUUACGGCAGUACUAGAGGAAACAGCCCCAAACCCCAAGUACCUUCCCUGCCUCCUAAUCAUUACAUCACCAGUCAACAAAUUCCAAGCCAUUUAAAGCCUGGAACUUUAGCAACGCAUGUCUGACAGUGGGAGGAAAGUAUACUGUGACUUAACAGUAUACUGCCAUUGCUCAUCAGUCUGUCAGCUUACAUCAACAGCUCAAGUGGCCCGUUAAUUGUUCGUAUUUACAUAUAUAGCGGGCUUCCUUACUUGUCUGAUUUACCUGGAAGUAAGAAGCUUCAGCGAAGGAAAUGGUAAUUUAUUAUUAUGCUCUUAUGCUGGAUGCUCUGUCGAAAUUCAAGUUGAUUCAAAAACAUAUAUGAGACAUAAUACAAGUUAAUAGAAGUAAUACUUUCUUCAGGUAGAAGACGUUACUUGAGGAGAAACAGUCGUUAUCGUUAGCCUGUGAUAGGAAACUGAGGACACGUUAAAUGAGAGAUGUUUUGCGACUACUGGGAACCAGUGAUCUUCUAACGUCACUGAUAUCAAUUUACUCUCUAUGAUCCGUCAUGACUUGAAUGUAAAGCUAUGUUGAUCCUGACGUUUCCCACACCUUGUGAUCAGCUGCCUUCUUCUUGUGGUGCUGUAGCCUGUCACUUUGGACCCUGACAAGAUUAUAAAUGUGUAAUACACUUGGUGUUCUAUCGCCUGAUCGUUGUGGUGAAAAUGUGACAUCCAUCAUUAGUAUACUGUUCCACUUUAUUAUGACCAUCAAUCGGUUAUUAGCUCAUUUGACAUUUAUUCUUCCAUUGUAAUUUAUCGUGUAUAAGAAAGAGUAGUGUAUACAUAUUUCAUUAUUGAAUUUGUUUUGUUCAUUAUGUCUACUAAGUGGCAGUAUUUGAAUUCCACGAUACCUAUUACCAGUAUGUGCAUCAUCAGUGCCUCCUAGUCGGUAUCGGUGGAUGUAGUCUUGCUGUUGUAAUACCUUUGAAACAUCAGUUGAUGUGGAAUUUGUUCUUGUAAAACGUUGGAAAAUUUCAGACUUUCUAAACUUAUGGAGUAAUAAAUAACAAACUCAUAAUGAUAAAAAGACUGAGGAACUGUAAAAUAAGACCUUAAGACUGUGUACGCAGUAAAUGUUGUAUAUAGGCUUUGUUCUUGUGAAAACUUACGUUGUUUUUCGAUUAUUAAUGAGACAUUUUGCUUUGUAAAAACAAAUUAUCUUGAAGGUCUUAUUAUAAAACAUUAUUCAAACCACAUAAUUUAGGACACAAUAAACGUUUUUUAUAGACUUCCUGUUCGGAAAACCUACCUUUCAGGAAUCUGACUUGAGGAGUGAUGGACGUUCUUAAUUGGGUAGCAUUGCAUGCAACCUCUCUUUCAUUGCAGCUAUAUUUGUGACUUUUAUGAUACAUAUUUUUAGGUGUCGAACAUUAUCGUUUGCUAUUAUAUAUCAAUCUUGAACGUAUUACUGUAUACAUAAAAACAUCAAUUUUAAGAGAAAUACACACUCGACAGCACGGUUUCUCAAUCUUUUAAGUUUUUGCGUGAUUAUCGUAUAGCUAAAAAAUAAGGAGAAACAGAGAAAAAUGUAAAACACAAGACGUUUUAGUUUUUACCUGAGUUUGAAAUUGAAAGCUACUCCUAAUGUAACUAGAUUUAAUUAAACACUGUUAGGAGUUCUUACACUUACAACUGUUGCUUGUUAGUGUUACUUUGCUUGAAACUUUAUUAUUAUUUUAAAGCCACUAUAAUUUUAAUGAUUUCAAAUAAAGUGAUCACAGCAUUGAUUUAUUAUUUAUAUAACUUAAUUCACAUCUCAUACUUUUAGAUCUCUGAAUAUAGAUAUAUUUUGAUUAUAUUUACAGUGCUUAAAAACGAUCAUGAAAUAUAUCUAUGUCUGAAAUAAAUGCUGUUACUUAUCUAGCACACUUCAGUAUAAAUAUUUUUUAGUUUAGAAAUUAAAAUAGUAGAAAAGUGUAUGCACUGAAUUAUGAACUUAUGAAUUUAGCUUAAUUUUGACAAUAGCAAAAACACGUGAAAUAUAAAAUAUACAGUCGAUAUAUUUGUGUUUCCUUUUUUUAUACAACAGAUUAUUUUAAAAUAAUAGUGUUAUCGUUUUUAGUGCUGUGUUUGAUGACAAUAUUAUUAACUAAUUUGAACCUUAUUUUAGCAUAUGAACGGCCUAGAACAAAAUGUUAACUACUUUAUCAUACCAUUAGGUUUUAAAUUUGUUCUUUCCAAUAUAAUCAGCCGCCAUAGUGGCUCAGCGGUAAGUUUGAAAUAUUAUAACGCUAAA